AUGAUUGAGGCGCAGUAUCAAGCAAACUAUACUGUCAAGUUCGAUGCCAUUGUAUCUAGCGACAGUGAGAAUGAGUGGAACUACGCAUGGUCUUCAUGCGAGACCGCAUUGGACGGCAAGUCCACAGUCCGAGCAACCCUGGCCAGCUUUCAGCAGCGCAUUAUCAGAAGCCGUCAUGAUGGCGGUAGAUACCGGCAUCAUGAGAGUGCAUCACCCAGCGGACAGACGCUACUUAUCAUUUACGAUCAUAUCAAUGCAUCCAAUGAGAACAUGAUUGAGGAGGUUUUGCAUAUUCCCCUGGCGGGUUUUGUGAGCAAAUAUACCAUGACCGUAUGUUGUGGUCUUACCGACAGCUCUUGUUGGAUCGGAGUUGCUCGCCAGGAUAAGCCUGUAAUAACCGGCGGACAAGCCCAUAGGAUGACAAGACAAUUUUCCUAUAUUCUCAAUCAAAUCUGUGAGCGGCCACAUGCCCAGAUUUCUGAUCUGUUGGCCCCGAAUCCCGAGGAUAUCGCAGAGAUCAUGAGUUGGAAUAGAGAAGCGCCAAAAGCAGUAGAGUCUUGUGCGCACACGAUUAUUCAAAGAUGGGCCACCGAACGGCCUAAUGCGAUAGCCGUAUCUUCGUCGGAGGGCGAGCUUACAUAUAGCGGGUUCGUCAACCUCGCCGUCAGGUUGGCAAACCAUCUCGUUGAUCAAGGGAUCAAGCAAGGAACCUUUGUCCCUCUGUGUUUCUCCAAGUCUAUAUGGACGACCGUGGCUAUGCUCGGGGUCGCAAUGGCCGGAGGCGCAUUUGUGCUUCUCGAGCCGUCAUAUCCACCCAGCCGAUUAGCAAGCAUCUGUGACCACCUGGAGGCUCCGCUGAUUAUUUGCUCGAGGGACAAUGAGGAACUGUCUAACAAACUGGUCUCAGUGAUCCUGGUCAUUGAUGACGCUCACACCAACUUCCUCCGGAAUCAAAGGGCUCAUUCCAGGGAGCUGCCGCAGGUGCAACCAUCCAGCGCCCUUUACACCGCGUUUACUUCGGGCUCCAGUGGAAUUCCAAAGGGUGUAGUGAUCGAGCAUCGUUCCUUCUGUAGCAGCGCUUUGGCUCACAUCCCGUCUUUCCGACUAGGACCAUCGUCGCGCGUGAUUCAGUCCCACUCUUACGCAUUUGACGCGAGCAUUCUGGAGAUCUUGAGUACUUUGGUGGCCGGAGGCUGUGUGUGCGUACUCAGCGAAUCAGAACGUAUGAACAACUAUGUCGAAGCCGCUCGAAUGCAGGAACCCACACAUGCAUACUUGACUCCAUCAUUCGCUCGUUCCAUCCCCAGACACAGCCUGAACAAGAUUGGCCUGCAAGUUGUCAUCUUCAUAGGAGAACGAGUCGACCCCAGCGAUCAGGCCUGCAUCGACGACCGGAUUCAAGUGAUGAAUGGCUACGGGCCCGCGGAAUGUUCACUCAUUGCCAGUGUUCAGGUAGAUUCUAGACAAGCCUUGAGUGCGUCGAAUAUCGGCCACCCCACUGAAGCGACAUUCUGGGCGAUAAAUCCCCACGACCCUCAGGUAUUGGCCCCUGUCGGGGGAGUCGGCGAGCUGCUCAUUGAAGGGUCACUGGUGGGCCGUGAAUACUUGAAGGACACUGUGAGAACCCGGGCAGCGUUCAUCGAUCCCCCCUGCUGGCUACUUGGUGCACGCACUGGCCCACCUUGCAGAGUCUACAGAACUGGAGACCUGGUGAGAUGGCAGGCAGACGGAUCUUGGUCUUAUGUUGGGCGAAUGGAUUCCCAAGUCAAGAUCCGCGGUCAGCGAGUCGAACUGGGGGACAUUGAGAGCCACGCUCGCCUUUGUUUCAAGGAUGCAAUAGAUUUAGUGGCCGAUGUGAUCAGCUUUCCGGUGCGCCCAAACGUCAGCCGUUCUUCUAUCGCGGUCUUCAUUCUUCAACCGGCGGCAAAUGGCCAGCGGUUGGACGACACCCCAUUUGCCCAGCCAACCGAUUCCUUCAUAGCCGCUUCGCAGCUGGCCAAGGGAAAACUGCGGAAAUCCUUGCCCCGUCACAUGGUACCAUCGCUCUUUGUAUCACUUUUCGAAAUGCCCCGGACUACAUCUGGGAAGACGGACCGACGAGCGUUGAGAGAGCAUCUCGAAAGACAGAUAUCAGGGGGUGGAAUGCAACCGUAUACCCAAGUACCGGAGGCAGAGAAUAGCCUCCCAUUAACGGAUAUACAGAAAGCCCUACAGGAGAUAUGGGCCCAGGUUCUCAACCUCCCGCUCACCAGUAUUGGAAUUCAAGACAGUUUCUUCGAUCUCGGUGGUGACUCGCUGAAUGCAAUGCAGGUAGCCGCCGCCGCUCGAUCAUCCGGCAUACAACUAAUGGCCAAUGAUAUCUUUACUAACCCCGUUCUAUUGGCAUUGUCAUCGGUUUCUAGCCCCGAGAUGCACACUGCAGUCGAUAUGACACCAUUUUCGCUGCUCGACCUACCGGAUGCCAGUCAUUAUAUCAUGGGCCUUCGGGAAAGGAGUAUGCUCCCUGGGCAAGGCAAGGUGACUGAUAUCCUCCCUGCAACACCUUUCCAGCAGGAGAUGAUAGAUACAUGCUGUCUAAACCGUUUCUUCUUCUCCUACCGCGGGACCAUUGCGGUUGACCGUCUUCGCGCCGCGUGUGAAGCGAUUUGGGCGAGACACUGCAUACUUCGGACGAUAUUCGUGCCCUACAAAAAAUCCUUGGCUCAAGUGAUCAUGUCUGGUCUUGACGUCCCGUUCCGCCAUAGCUUGGUCGACGCGGACCCGCCACAGUUUGAACAGAGCUUGACGGACAUCCCGCGAAGCACGCUUAUCGGACAGACGCAGACCCAAUUCGUCCUUUUGUCACAUCCCCAGAUGCAACAGCAUACGUUUAUCAUUAGCCUCUGUCACGCACAGUGUGACGCGAUUUCUAGCUCACAGCUGGUUCAAGAUAUUGCGAGAGCAUAUAGAGGAGAUAAUCUGACGGGGCUGGUUGACUUCCGGGACUACAUUUACUGGCAAAACCGGUAUCAGAUUGACCAGGCGCAUGCCUUCUGGCAAGAAUACCUGAACGGUUCAUCAAUAACCCGUGUGCCAGAUCUAUCGCACCUUCCAAACCAUAAUCACGAGCGCCGGCCCAUCUCACUGACGCGACCACCUGAUCAGGACGUCCUGAAGACGCCAACUAUUCCGAAUGGAAUCACCCUGGCCACUCUGGUCAAGGCUGCCUGGGCGUUCACACUGAGCGAGUUUGCCCACGAGUGCGAUAUCGUGUUUGGGCAAUUUGUCAGUGGCCGCAACGCCCCGCUCCCGAAUAUCGAUGGCAUUGUCGGGCCUUGCGCUAAGGAACUCCCGUUACGAGUAACCAUUCAAGACGGGUGGACCGUGCAAGAGUUCCUCGCCCAUGUGCACACCCAACACAUACGCACCCUCCAGUUCGACUACCUGGAUCUGACUGACAUCAUAGAUCACUGCACCCCAUGGCGCGUGGGUACUCGACCCAGUUCACGCAUACUGCAUCUGAGUGAAGAUCUCACGUUUGAUCUUCCACUCGAGGGCGCAAUAUCCCAGUCUAGCUGGACUGAUGAAGUUUUCAAAGGGACAUCCGAUGUGUGGGUUCAUUCGCACCCGCAGGGAGAUAGUCUCAAGCUGUUUCUCUCCACUGCGCAUGAAGGAGUACUGCAAGUCGGCGCGCCGCUGUUGGCAAGGCUAUGUGACCUCGUCGAGAUAUUGCCGCAGGAGCUAGAGAAGCCUCUCUCAGUAUUACGGCAGAGAUAUUGA